CUCCGCUGGCCAAUCAGCGGCGAGGGUGGGUGGCUUCCGAGGGAUCUAUUCUACACCCCCCUCCAAAAUCAGGCUUCAUUUGAGGAAGCGGUGGCUGCGAUGCGGAGGAGACCUGAGGAGUCGUAGAGCACGAGUUGAUCUCUCGACCGGCCAGCGUUCCUUGACGGUGGGCCUUCUUCUGGACCAGCAAUGAUUCACAGCCUUUUCCUCAUUAACUCCUCCGGAGACAUUUUCCUGGAGAAACACUGGAAGAGCGUCAUCAGCCGUUCGGUUUGCGACUACUUCUUCGAGGCUCAAGAGCGAGCGUCGGAGGCUGAAAAUGUGCCCCCGGUCAUUUCCACCCCUCACCAUUACCUUCUGAGCGUCUAUCGGCACAAGAUCUUCUUCGUGGCCGUGAUCCAGACGGAGGUUCCGCCGCUUUUCGUCAUCGAGUUUCUUCACCGGGUGGUGGACACGUUUCAGGAUUAUUUUGGCGUCUGCUCCGAAGUUGUCAUCAAGGACAAUGUUGUGGUGGUUUACGAGGUGCUUGAAGAGAUGCUGGACAAUGGUUUCCCCUUGGCGACGGAGUCCAAUAUUCUAAAGGAGUUGAUCAGGCCGCCGACAAUCCUCCGGACGGUUGUCAACACAAUCACAGGAAGCACCAAUGUGGGAGAGCAGCUCCCCACAGGGCAGCUGUCGGUGGUGCCCUGGCGACGGACCAGCGUGAAGUACACCAACAACGAAGCCUACUUUGAUGUGAUCGAGGAAAUUGACGCCAUCAUCGACAAGUCAGGUUCCACAAUUACAGCUGAGAUCCAAGGGGUGAUCGAUGCCUGCGUGAAAUUGACUGGGAUGCCUGACCUUACCCUCUCCUUCAUGAACCCAAGAUUGUUGGACGAUGUCAGCUUCCACCCCUGCGUGCGUUUCAAGCGGUGGGAAUCCGAACGCAUCCUGUCCUUCAUCCCUCCCGAUGGGAACUUCCGCUUGCUCUCUUACCACGUCAGCGCUCAAAAUUUAGUGGCCAUCCCAGUCUACGUAAAGCACAACAUCAGCUUCCGAGACAGCAGCUCCCUCGGCCGCUUUGAGAUCACCGUGGGGCCCAAGCAGACCAUGGGGAAGACGGUGGAGGGGGUACUGGUGACCAGCCAGAUGCCCAAAGGAGUGCUUAACAUGACCCUCACACCUUCUCAGGGGACGCACACGUUCGAUCCGGUCACAAAGCUGCUGAUGUGGGACGUGGGGAAGAUCAACCCUCAGAAGCUGCCCAGUUUGAAGGGGACGAUGAGUCUUCAGGCAGGGGCCUCCAAGCCUGAUGAGAAUCCCACCAUUAACCUCCAGUUCAAAAUCCAGCAGUUGGCGAUCUCUGGUCUGAAGGUGAAUCGUUUAGACAUGUAUGGAGAGAAGUACAAGCCGUUCAAAGGAAUCAAGUACAUGACCAAGGCUGGGAAGUUCCAAGUCCGGACCUAAGAGAGCUUCUGCCCAGGAGAACACUUAUGACUUCGACUCCACCUCUGCUCUCCUCUUCCUCACGGUUUGCUCCUCGGUGUGACCCAUCUGGAUUUCUUCUGAGACAGGCAACUCCCCCCCCACCCCCAGUUUGGCUGUCCCUUCCUCUUCUAACAUCUGGAGUUUCUCCAAUGGCCAGCAAAGAGCAAAAAGGAGACGUGGUAACUUCUUUUCUUUGGGCUUGUUGGCUUUCAACUUCAGCCAAGAGUGUGCUUCUUCCCCGUCGUUGGCAGUCCGCGACAGCUGGAUUGUUAGCCCGGCUGAAACUGCAGCAGAAGAAAUGCCGGAGAACCCCAACAAGAAGGGCCAGAAUGGUCGUCUUGCUUAUUAUUGCACAGGAUUUCUGGUUGGACUCCAAAGCCCAUGCAAGUCUUUCUUUUCCCAACCUCUCUUCACUCAGCCGGUCCUAUUUA